AUGAGACUGGAGCAGAGGAAUUCCACUUUGGCGGGAGUCCUCUCCUGGAGGCCGCCGAGCGAGCACGCCUUCUCCGCGGUGCACGUGGCCCUCGGGCCGCUCCACCACUUCCACAGCCCGCACUUCCGCCGCGACCAGCCGCAGCUGCUCGUGCACCUCAAGAGGCUCACCAGCGCCAACAAGGCCAAGCUGGCGGCCGGCCUGGAGGUGCCCUGCCGCCCGCCCAACCGCUUCCAGAGGCUCCUCAUCACAUCGGCCUCGGCCUCGGCCUCCACCUCCCCGCUGCAGCACCAGGAGCCGCCGCCGCCCUCGGGGCCCCGGCCGGAGCCACAGGGACCAGUGGCUGUAGGACAAUUUCACCGGUCGUUCCGGCGAGAUAGUCUGUCUCCUUACUCCUACGUAUCAACUUCAUCCCACAACCACAGUACUUUUCCUCUGAAAGGUUUAGAUCGGACCCCGCUCCCUCCUAGAACGUGGCCGAACUCUCUUGGAAUGCACCCAGGACAAGUGGAAACGUCUCCCACUUUUUCAGAUAAAGGGGUUCCAUUUCCUGUACUACAGAGGUUUCCAACUGAGGUCACGUAUACCCUGCAGCCCAGUGCCACAUCCGUACACGUUCAGCAAGGUCCUCAAACAAUGGUCAGCUCCUCCCAAAAGUACAGUACCUACACGCCCUCAGCGCAGUACUCCCAAGCCUACUAUCCAACAGCCGUGCUGCAGUGCUGCUCGCCUUCCACGCACAUGGACGCGCUCAGUAGCUGUGUCAGCCCCACUGCCUCCUCCUACGCACACUGCAACUACUUUCAGAAUCCUCCAAUGCAGUCUUCCUAUCCAGUUGAAUUUCUGCCUUCUAAUUGGCCUUGCAGUGCUACUGAUGAAAAUAAAAAGACAGAAGUAAACCUAGAGGCUGUUUUUCAGAUAGUAGAUGAGUUGCAUUCCUCCCCUAAAUUGGAGAUGGUCAAGGUGGAGCCUGUUGAGAAUCAGUGCUCAACAUCCCAGUCUAAUAGAGGCCAACAUAUCCUAGCUAAUUCAAACAACAGCAAUCCAUCUUCCACAAGUCAGGCUAGCCAGCUGGAGCCACUUACUCCUGUAGGCUCAGAUAUUACGUCUUUUGUGGUCGGAACAGAACAGGCAAUUACCUGCUCUCUACCACAGUCACCUGAGUACAUCUAUACCAUCCACCCAGCUCAGCCUGUUGAAAAUACUACAAUGCAAGAGUCUGCAAUCAACCAGCAAGCUCACGUCAAACUGAAGGAGCAGCUGAGUCAUAACCCAUCGCCACCUUCAGUAGUGUUUGUGCAGGAAGGGCUGCCAUUCAGCACACAGCAGGUGGAUGCCAGUAUAAAAUGCCAGACCAAUCCACCUGAGAAUAUCUUGCCUUCAGAACAAAUGGGAUUCCUUAUUUCCGAAAUGGGGCCUGCUAGCAAGCCUAAUAAAGACAUGGGUUUAUCCACUCCAGCCAGAUACAGAGAGCGAAGAAGCAACUCACAGCAAGGAAAGUCCCCUGAUCUUCAUCUGCUGGUGGAUGUUGCCUGCAAGCAGGAACACUUUCCAAAGGAGGAAGAAUUAAGAGAGUGAGGAAUGGACGACAAAUGUGACAUUGUGCACUGGCUGUAGCUGGAGGCAGACUAGCCUUGCACGUGACACGCUGUUGGGGUUUUUUCAGUUCUGUUAAGGAAAAAAAAGUAUUUUUGUUUUGUUAAUUGAGAAUUUUGUUAAUUGAGAAUUGGGAAUUUGAUAUUUACUACAGCUGUUCAGUUCAGAUUGUUUACCUUGACAAACUACAAAACAUCUAGCAGUCUUCUUUUUUGUUUGUUGGCUGCUCAGAUCCCUUUCAAAUGAAAAGUCCUGGCCUUCUGUUCCCAUCAAGAAGCAUCUCAAACAGCUGCGUGUGUGGUGCCGGAGAAUAAUCUGUGUGGGCAUGCUGAUUUGUUGUCUUGCCACUUUCAAACAGUAGUCAGUACAGCUCCACUGGGGAGUUCAGUUUAUCUGUUUCAAGUCGCAGUGUGAUCCUUUUAGAGAAGAUUGUGAGAAACGAAGGCAUGUGAGGUCACCAAGAUCACAGGUCUAAAUGGGUCAGGAGUUCCAGGGAAGAAACUCUGGGAAAAGAGUUAAUUGUCUAAAUGAUUAACCAGGAAAUGCUCUGAGUUCCUAACCCAGCGUUCUGUUUCCAGAGCAAGGCAUCCGGACUUGGACCAUCCAUCAUACUUAACAGUCCCUUAUUCUUUUGUUUUAAUGGGAACAUUCUUCUGUUUUCAUAUCUUUCUUUAAUUUUAAUGAUACAGUAUCAUAAAUGGUAAGAAGGUUUUGUUAAUGUAUCACUUGUUUAAUAUAUCUGCUAAAGAAAAGUAUUUUAACUUGUUUAAUAUAAUUGUAUUUAUAAAUGCUGGUAGAUUUAAAGUUUUAAAGCUUUAUAUUUUUAUUAAUAUUGUGGGUAGAAGGAUAAAGGAUGCCUGUGUAAUAUUUUUAUUUUGAAAGGGAAAUGUACAAUGUGUGAGCAAAACCAUUAAGAGAUUUAACACAGUGUUUAUACUUACAGUCAGUAAGUAUAAAUUCUCAGCUGUAAAAGAUACUGUGUGCAGAUUUUGGGACUAACUGAUUAGUAGUCACCUAACAGAAGCUAUACCUUUAACAGUUUAUGAAUGCUUUAAUUCUGAGAGAAGUUUGGAUAGUGGGAUAGACUAACAUUUUUAUCUCAUCCCCUCUUUAGGAUCCUAAAUUCGAAUAAUAGAAUUGUGGAACUGGUUUUUAGGAGAGGUAUCUUGGAUAUCCAGUUUCUGUGGUUGAUCCCUCACUUGCUCAUCCAGUGACAGCAAGAAGCUUUCUGAUUUUAAAGUCUUCUCAAUUGACUAGAACUUUCUUAUUGGAUUCUGCCUCAGUUUUCCUUAUAAGCACUGCAGAAACAAAAGGGAAGCCUAGGAAUACGAAACUAGUGAGAAAGGAAAGGCACAUGGUGAUAUGUGACAUAAAUACUCUUCCAGCCAUGGUGGGUGUAACAAUUCAUUUCUUAAAUUGCGUUGUGCCUUCCCAAUGAUGUCAAACCCUAGAAGUAUUACAGAGACAGUAGUAUUUUAGAAAAGGAUGAGCUCUGUUUUGGUCUGCAGUGACUCAGUUUAGAUAUGAAAAUAGGUUCUGAAAAGUAACCUCUUUGGUCCAUCUGAUUAGACUAGUCCAUGUCCAUGUGAUGAACAUUUGUUCAUCUUCAUCAGCAAGGUUUAAAAGAUGAAUGGAUUAUCAAGACUCCUACAUCUUUUGGUCAGACUGUAUUUUGGUAGAGUAUGUGAAGAGGAGACCCAGUUUCUAAAUGAAGGAACUUUGCCUUUUCUCUGUCAUGUUGAAAAAGCUGAUAAGUAAAAUAUCACUAAGUAAGUGAUAUUCCUUCCCUUAACUAUGCCUUUCUUGGCUUCCUAUAUGUUGAAAGAGAGAAUAUCUUUUGAGGAACAUGUGUCAAGCAGGAACCUUGACAUGGAUUUGGUUUCAGUUGUUUUAAGGCUUAAUUAAUGAAAUGCUUUUAUCAGCUUUCCAAACUUUUUUUUAUAUAUUGAUACAACAGACCGGGGAGCUGGAUCUCCUGCUAUACCCACAUGUCUGCUACCCAUCAGCUAAAGCUAUCAUUACUGUCUUGGAAAAGUGGCAAAAGAUAACAUAAAAUCUUUGUGUAAAUUAGUCAGUAGGGUCUGAUACAUGCUAACAAGGUUCCUGACUAGCACCUCAGUAUUUCAGCAGCUUAAACACAAUAAAUUUCAAUCAGUCAACAAUAAAGUGAGUGUUUCAACUAGA